AUGGGCCGCGUCAUGUCGGGGAUGCACUAUCGCUUCGACAGCCCCGACGAGUACCGCUGGUGGAACGAGAACGCGGCGCGUUACCCCAACCAGGUUUACUACCGGGAUUACAGCAGCCCCGUCUCGCAGGACGUCUUCGUCGCCGACUGCUUUAACAUCACGGUGACCGAGUACAACAUCGGCCCCGCCGCCAAGAAGAACGCCUCGGAGGAGGCCGGCCCGGCGGCGAACCAAACGGAGGUGGAGCUGGAGACCAAGGUGGUGACGAAGGUGAUCCGGGAGAUGUGCAUCCAGCAGUACCGCGAGUACCGCCUGGCCUCCGGCAUCCGGCUGCACCUCGCCGACGCCUCCCUCGCCGCCCUCCUCCUCCUCACCCUCUUCGCCAUGCACUGA